UUUUGGUAUUUGUUUUGGUUUGUCUGACGCGUAAAGUUUUUCUCGGCCUAAAAAUUCCGUGGUUUUGACCAAUAGAUUCCCCCUGGAGCAGGCAUCAUGGAGCAGGAGGAGGAGCAGGCCGCCCAGUAUUCGGUGCACGCGGUGUGCCGCAUCUGCCUGAAUCGCCUGCCGGAGGAUGGCGGCGGCCCGGGAUCCUUUGACCUCUUCCUGAUCCCCGGAUUGGCCAAGAAGCUGUGUUUCUGCACCUCCCUGGCGGUGGAGCAGUCGGAUGGCUUCCCGAAGAGCCUCUGCACGCAGUGCUUCAGCCGGCUGGACGACCUGCAUGAGUUCCAGAAGCUGUGCGUCGAUUCGGUGCGGAAGUUCCAGGAGAUGGUAGCCAGAAACGUCUUUUCCUUGCCCUCCAGUUCGCAGAUUAAAACCUUUGAUGUUCUGAAUGUGGCUGGGAACGAGGCCGAGCUGGUGGGCCAGACGGAGGAGGAGGAUCGCAUCAACUUCGAUCCGCUGGUGGAUCACAAAAUGGAGCUGAUCGAGAACGAGGAGGAUGUGUUCAAGAUGCUGGAGCACGUGGACAAGGAGGCAGAGCAGGUGGAGAAGGCGGUGAAGCAGGACGAACUGAUGGCGAUCUUUGCCGGGGAUUCCACGGAGGAAAGCGACGAAGACGAUUUCGAGCAAGACGUGGACUUUGAGCCCAACAGCAGCGAGGGCGACGAUGAUGUUCCCCUGGCGCAGCGCUUGAAAGCGAAAGCCAAGAGGCCCCGAAUCAAGGAGGAGGAUCGGGAUCAGGAGAGGGAGUUCCUUACCGGCUCCGAGGAGGAGCAGGAGGAGGAGAAGAGCAGGCGGAGGAGGAUUCCGCCAGGCGAACGCCACCUGCACCGCAUCAUCGACUGCCACAUCUGCCACCAGAAGUUCAAGAAGGCCAUUCGCUACGAGGAGCACAUGAAGCACCACAACGACCUGCUGCCCUUCCAGUGCAAGGUGGAGACCUGCAGGAAAGGUUUCACCACCGCCGGCGGCCUGAGGCUCCACAUAGACCACGCCCACACGGAGCUAUCCGAGGUUCACUCCUGCAGCGUCGACGGCUGCGGCAAGACCUUCCCCCGCAUCCGCCUGCUCACCUUCCACCUGAAGAAGGCGCACGGCAUCACGAAGGCGGCGGCGCCGCCACGGGAUUACCCCUGCUCCGAGUGCGAGAAGGUUUUCCGCUGUCCGAUGGCCCUGAAGAAGCACAUGUACAAGCACGACGGCAAGGAGCUGCCCUUCCCCUGCAACAUUUGCGGCAAGCGAUUUGUGAUCAAUAGCGCUCUAAAGGAUCACCUCAUGCGGCAUGCGGGCAUCAAGAACUACGUGUGUCCCUACUGCGGAGUGGGCAAGACCACCCGGCAGGAGUGGAACACGCACAUCCUCACGCACACCCAGGAGAAGAAGUUCAAGUGCCACAUCUGCGACCACGCCUCGCACAACAAGCAGAGUCUGGCGAACCACGUGAAGAUCGUGCACGAGAAGAUCAAGAACUAUGCGUGCCAGUACUGCGGGAAGACCUUUGGCAAGUCGCAUGCCUGCAAGAUCCACGAGAUGACGCACACCGGGGAGAAGCGCUGCGAGUGCAAGGUCUGUGGCAAAAAGUUUCUGUAUCCCAAGAGCCUGACCAAACACCUGAAGACGCACGAAAAGCGCGUUCUGCGGGCCAUCGAAACAUACCGUCAGCGACAGGUGGAAAUGGGCGAGGCACCCGGCGACACCCAGUUGGACAAUCCCCCAGCGCCGCCAGUUGAACCGAUCAUGUCCCAAAAUGCCGCCGAUGAGCUGCUCAAGGUGUGCGCCGAAUCCGUGGCCACCAUACCCAAGGAUCCACGCAGGGUUCAGCGGGUGGACCUUUCUGAGCUAGCCGGCACCGCUGUGAAUCCCAUACCCUCGGUUUCGGUGCCCUCGUGGUCGCCGCAGGUGAACUUCACCAAGAAGGAGGGCAAGCACAUCUGCCCCGGCUGCGGCCAGGGAUUCAACAAUAUCGGCAACAUGAAGCGCCACUACAAGAUCAUCCACGAGAAGGUCAAGGACUUCGCCUGCCGCUUCUGCCCCAAGCGAUUCGCCAAGGCCCAAACGCUGCGGCAUCACGAGUGGAUUCACACGGGCGAGAAACCGUUCGAGUGCAAGACCUGCGGCACUCAUUUCCGCCAGGAGACGGCACUGAAGCGUCACCAGCGUACCCACGAGAACCGUCCGCCAGUGAUUUCACCCAAAUUCUACGCAGCUCGCGAGGAACUGGAGGAGCAGGAGCGGAGCAAGCGAGAGGCCAAGCGGCAGGCGGAGGCCAAGCGACGCGAGAUCGCCGAGGCGGCCAAGGAGCAGCUCUCCUCGCUGCACAAGCUCGAGGGCAGCGAUCGCAACCUGCAGUCGUACGAUGAAUACCAGGAGGCGGCGGCGGAGCGGGCGGCUGCAUCCGCGGAACUCCAGGCGCAGCAGUUCGAGGAGAACGAGGUGAAGCGGCGGGCGGAGGACGAGCGCCGGAAGAUCCAGGAGGCUGCCUACGAGCAGCUGGAACGGCUGCAGCACCAGCAGGAAAUCGACAAGGUGCAGAGCUCCUACGACGGCUACUACGCCCAGAAGGCGAAUGCCGAUGGCACCACUUUGGACGCCUUGAAAAUCGACCAUGUCUAGGAUUUGAUCGGCGUUUAACGCCAUUCAAAAGUGGGAAAAACAGUAGUGGGCUUUUCCCCGAAAGCAAUACCUUUUAAUCCUUGUGGUUAUAACUUAAGCUUAAGCAUAAAUUACUUUUACACAACAUUAAAUCUAAUGUCCUUAAUCUUAGUACAAAUAAUACUGUACAUUAAUCAGGAAAACACAAUAUACUUAUGUGGAUUCGUUGUAAGUUAGAUUAAUCUGGAUUAUAUUGAGUGGUUGCGAGGUCUUGUG